AUGUCGCUGGGGACGCUGUUCGCCUUUACAGAAAAAGAGGUCUUGGUGCCCUCAGUCAGUUCCCUGAUACAAGCCGCAGACGAGGAAAUGUACGGUUCCGCGCUGUUCAGAGCUGUACAUUGCCAUGCCACAUGCUGUUCGACUAUCGAAAGCAUCCUUGACGCAUUCGCCGAAGCUUUGAAGGGGCAGCCUUUUGCAGAACGAAUAAGAUAUACAUCCCAGGUUCGCCAAUACGUUUCCAGCAGAAAGCACCACAGGAGCGGAAGGCAUAGUUCCGGAGGGACGAACGAAAGAUUAUCUAUUGUGAGCCUGCCCAAACAUCCGCUCGAUAUCCUCGAACGAGUAUUCGGAAAUGCGCGCUGUAAGAGAAUGCGCCACGAGCCGAAGCUGGCGCCGAUUCAGAUUACCGUUACUUCUAGCGAACUGGUCGCGUUCUCACUCUUUCUGGCAACUCCAUUGGUAGCGGGCUGGUCUCGUAAUAACCAAGACCGUCAAGAAACCGUCCAAAUAUCAGAACCCGGCGCCGUCGGCAUUUCCUUCCAGACAAGUCCAUCUGCAGAUGGUAUCCGCCGCAUGCACCUUCAGCGCCGUGUCCAAGACCUAUCAGAAAAAGCACCUCUGUUGUCAUCUGGAUACUCGAGCUACUUCUCAAAAGUCCUCGCAUGCGGUUGCCUUCCUCUCUCAAAAUCUGGACAUUCCACAGAAAUCAUAUAUAUCAGCUCUAACGUAGCCAGGGCGAUAUGCUUGGGAAAACCGGUGAUGCUGCUUCCUUCAAUCCGCGUCCUCUCUAUGGCUCGACCAAUCCAAUUCCUCAUGCGUUUGCCGCGUGGCCGCACUCCUCUUGUUCAUGUCCUUGCGUCCUCUUCGCCCAAUCCUUCUAGCCACCUCCCAGACGAUCUCCUCAGCUGUCUCUCCAUCCUCGCAUUGACCCACCCACCGCCAAUGGCGUCCAACGCCCUCAUCUCCACCAUUACCUUCAUCGCCUCCGGUGGACUCCCUCCAGGCCGCCUGCUUCAACGUCUAGAGUCGGUAGUAGGGAAGGUGCAUCGCUACUCCACCUCUCACGCAGGAUUGUUCGGGGAGAUGUACCGUGACACUCAAAUCCGCGAACUCACCAGGGAGCACCUACGGCUGGGGAAAUUUGGCAUCGACUCGGAGACGCGCGAGGCGCACGACGCCGCCGGAGCAGAUACCAUGGGGCGCAAGGCAGCGAGAGUGGCGAGGUGGAAUCUUGCCUUGCAACGUUUAAUGGGCAUGCUUGUUGAGCGGGGCAGGUAUAAAAGAGACGAGGCCGUAUCGGCCGUCAAGAGCUUGCUUAAAGUGCAAUUUGAAGAAAGUUAUCGGGCUGCGUUGAGGGCGCGGGAAAUACGAGUUCCUGAGAAUCCGAAAUCAAAGCGGAGAACGGAUAUGCCGACCCUGGCUAGGCAGGUGGAGGAGAUCUUGAAGAUGGAAUUGCCGCUAGAUAUUGACGCGCUUGCAACUUUGGCGCGGCUGAUGUUGGUGGGGUGGUGUUACAGUGUUGUGGGUGUGGCGUGGGAGGAUGGGGAGGAAGGGGUGAGACUGGAGAUCCCGAAGGAGGAACAUGAGAUGGUUCUGAUGUAG